AUGGCGACUUGCUUCAUGGGACUUGAUAUCCCUUGCUAUCCCCAUCCCAUCCUGUCUGGUUCAGCUCAACCCUCGCUCAUCUUCGAUUUCGUUGCUUUGACCUUCUCAUUCCUAUGUCGCAGAAUGUCUCGUGACAACACUUUGAAUGAGGAGCCUUUGGUCUCCCUCGGCGAUAAACUCUGCCAACGCUUCGAGAAAAGCAAGUUCGAUGAACGGGAACCAUCGUUCUUACCAGAAGGGUGCAUCGAGGACCUUAUAACCGAACAUGCUAUUUCCCGUGAGCUUUUCGACCUAUUCGAAGAUGAAGCCCCGCCAACCCCAGAAAAGGCUUUGAUUCGUUUCGUUCAUGAGAAAGCGAAGAAAGUCUUUGCAAUAGUUGUCUGUUGCGGAACUAGCGGAACGGAGCUCCUAACAACGAUUAAGUUCUUCAAGACGAAUGGUUUCAAAGAUAGCGAUCUACCUAUCAAGAAGCCAGGCACGCCUGUCCAGGGCUGUUCCUCAUGGACCUUCCCAUUCCCAUUUGACCGAAUGCAAGAUAGAGGCAUUCGAAGGAUUUGGAAUGGAUUCAAAAUCGAAGGGUUCUACAACAAACAAUGGUGCUUUCUGGCCCCUGUCUUCUCCAAAACGAAAUUCCAGCACCAUCUCUCCCCAGAUUGUGUCUUUCCAUUUACCUGGGUCAACAACAUUGUCAAAGGGGGAAUGUUUAGCCAGGUGCACGAAGUAGACAUUCAUCCUCAACACCAAGAACACCCAGAAUUUACAGUAGAUGGCCAGCGGGCCCACGUCGCCAUCAAAGAGAUCCUUGUCAACAACGAUCGACGUGACGAAAUCGAGAAGAAUUACGAAGAUGAGCGGAAGGCACUGUCUGAGAUCACUGACCUUCGACACAAGCACAUCAUCCAACGUAUUGCGGCUAUCACGCGGGGAGAAAGACGAUACUUCAUGUUUCAGUGGGCCGACGGAGGGAAUUUGAGGGAGUUCUGGAAAGAGAAAACUCGGCCUGUUCUUACACCUGUUCUAGUGAAGGAAACGGUCACACAACUCUUGGGGCUCGCCGAUGCUUUGCAUGCCUUGCACAACUACAAGAAUCAAGGCAACUACCGACAUGGAGACUUGAAGCCGGAGAAUAUCCUCCGCUUCAGGAACGAAACAGUUGUCGGGAUACUCAAAAUCGCGGACAUGGGCCUAGCAAAGCAUCAUAACGAUAACACGGCAGUGCGUAAAAAGGCGACCAGUGCAAAGUACGGGACAGUCCGCUACGAACCGCCCGAAGUUGUCACCAAUCGUCUUGACAAGGCAAGAUCCAGGCUCUACGACAUUUGGUCCAUGGGCUGUAUCAUGCUAGAAUGCAUCAUAUGGCUGCUAUAUGGCUGCGAAGCAUUAGACAAGUUCGACGACAGUCUCAGCAACGAUGGCUAUGAUUGCAGUUUCUUCAAGAUCAGGGAGAUCGACGGAGCCCGCGUCGCAGAAGUCCAUCCUGUGGUAGUGCUUUGGAUGGACUCCAUGGCUAAUGACCGUCAGAUUCUCAAUGGAGCUCAGACAACGACAUUCAUCGAGAACCAACCGGACAGACGUAUAUCCGUGACCAGUGCCAGCCAAAACACACCCGAGAGUGGCCCCUAUCGUGCUGACGCAGGAGCUAUGCGGUCUGGACUCGAUAAUAUCCUUCGAAAAGCGGAUAACAACGAGACCUAUCUCUCCAUAGCCCAGGACCGUCGAAAUAUCAAUGGUCCUCCUUCAUUGACCAUACCAAGAUCGCAAAUCACCAACUUGCUAUCGCCUGGGGCGGCCGAAAAGCCUAGGGGAAAUAACCCUUUCCUCGCUAAAUCUUCCAUACAUGACAUGUUGAUUGUGAAUAACCUGAAGGAGGUAAUUAUUCCUGAACCCGAUGUCCAAGCCCCUUCCCUCAACCCUGAUCUACCACUAACCGCUAACUUGACUGGUGAGAUAAGGCAAGACAAUGGCUUCGCCAGAAUGUACAUCACGAAAGCCAUCAAGAUUCCGAAUCACCUAUCGCUUCCCCGAGACCAAAAUCUCUGUCGACAUUGUGAGAUGCUAGACAUUCUGGCUACCGGGUUCUAUUUGUCGGAUACAGUCUCGGAUGUACAGAAUAGAGCCGGCGCAUGUGGUUUCUGCAAGUUGCUUUUAGAAGCUUGUUUGACUUUCCAAAAAACAGGCCCUUUCCAAUUGCAUAGAGAAGGGUCUACUCUGAAAAUCUCUGGGAUUAAUAAUCCCAUAUUGAGUAUUAUUCAUGAUCCAGGUUCUUCGACCAAAUACGACAGCAUCGGACUUCAGACUGGUUUCCCGAGACUUGCACCAGGCGGUCAUCAGUUGCACUUCGAAGUGCUACGACAGUGGCUCCAAAGCUGCGAUCAUGAUCUGGGCCAUAGCGACUGUCUGCAAGCCACUGAAGUCAACCUUCCCACGCGGCUUCUUGAAGUCUCUGGUUCACAGAUUCGUCUGUGGGAAACAAAAGGUGCUCGUGGAAGAUACCUGGCGUUGUCCCAUCCCUGGGGAGAUCCCGCAAAACAUCGACACUUCUGUACCUACAUGAGCAAUAUUGAGAAGCACAAAAGGGGCAUCGACUUUAGGGAUUUACCUGCUACUUUCAAAGACGCCGUCACAACAACGAGAGAGCUUGGAUUUCAGCAUCUAUGGAUAGACUCGAUCUGCAUUAUACAGGGGCCCGACGGAGACUUCAAAGAAGAGUCCAAACACAUGGAAGACGUUUUCAGCUUUGCGUACUGCGUCAUUGCGGCAAGUCGCGCUACUGGGCAAGAUGAUGGCUUUCUGGGACCACGACCCGACAGGAGAUACGUCACUUUCAACCGAAACAACGGCGGUAUUUAUCAUGUGUGCCAGCAAAUUGACGACUUCGAGGGCGAUGUGAUAGAAGGAGAACUUUGCAAACGAGGAUGGGUCCUACAGGAGCGAGCACUCGCGCACAGGACGAUUUACUUCACCGAAAGACAAACGUAUUGGGAGUGUGGUCAAGGGGUGCGCUGCGAGACGAUGACAAAGCUGGAUAACAAUGUUGCCGCGUUCCUCGGUGAUCCACGAUUUCCCACAAUCGCCAUGAACUCGUCAAGAGGCGCCAAAAUUCAUCUUUACCAAGACUUAUACAAGCAAUACUCGCGUCUGCAGUUUUCUCGAAAUGAAGACAGACCAUUCGGUAUAGCUGGUCUUGAAAAGAGACUCAUCCAAAGCUUCAAGACUCACGGCGGCUAUGGUGUCUUUGACGACGGCGGUGGAUUACUACGGCGGAGCCUUCUUUGGCAGAGAGCAUCUGUUUCAGCCCUCGACAGGAUCAUCUUCCCUGCCGAAAGAGACCUUGAAGUCCCUACAUGGUCCUGGAUGGCCUACAAAGGAGGAAUUGACUAUCUGGAGCCUCCAUUUGAUGGCGUGGACUGGGAGAAGAGUGAGAUCCAGUCGCCAUGGGCUAACAAGUCGCCGGAUGGGUUUUAUCACACUUCGGACAAAAGCCUGGGAAUCAGUCUCAGCGCUGUUGCUCGUGAGUUUUCUCAGCUCGACGGCCAUCACUCGGCGAGCAAGCUCAUCUUUGACAACCCGGCAAAAAGUGAUGGCCAACUACCAAACGCAUUAAAGAGUGCUGGUGGAUUGAUGGUGUAUGAACGAACUGGGGUGGGUUACAUGCCCGACAAUUGCAUUUCGCAGAACGGCACACCAGUCAAGAUACAAUCCCUCAGAAUACGUGUGGCUGUGCAUCCGCGAUCCAAGAGCGAUGUUGGCCCCCACCGGGUUCUCACCGAGGGGGUGACCGCGGCAGGUGCACACCCUCACCCCGCCAUUGACUCACGCUUUUCGGAACUUUUGCCCAGACAGCUCUGUGUCAUCAAGCAAUUCGAGUCACCACAAGAGGCGUAUAGAAGACGAGUGACCAGCCGCCAAGACCCUGAAAUCUUCUUCCGCUCGUCAAUCGACACUCCACACCAUCGACCGAGACCACGCGACACAAUGGCAUCCGCACCCGAAGCCCCGACCGCCGCCAUCCCCGCCGAAGCUGUCGGGGACGCGCCCGCAGCCUCAGGAGGCCAGAAAGUCGACCCCUGGAACGUGUCUGGAGAAGUCGGCACUGAUGGCAAGGUCAAGGCCAUUGACUACAAGAAAAUCGUCGACGAGUUCGGAACGAAGCUGAUUGACGAUGCCCUCCUCGAGCGCUUCGAGCGCGUGACUGGUCACAGACCUCACCAUUUCCUCCGUCGCCAGAUUGUCUUCUCCCACCGCGAUCUCGACCUCAUCCUCGACCGCGUCGAGAAGAAGCAGCCUUUCUUCAUUUACACUGGCCGUGGACCGAGUUCCGACAGCAUGCACGUUGGUCAUGCUAUUCCUUUCCAGUUGACGAAGUGGUUGUCAGAUGUGCUCGAUGCGCCACUGGUGAUCAUGAUGACCGACGAUGAGAAGUUCCUCUUCUCUGAGAAGAGAACGGUCGAGGAGGUUCAGCACUACACAAGAGAGAACGCCAAGGACAUCAUUGCGAUUGGAUUCAACCCCGAGAGGACCUUCAUUUUCUCCGACUACGACUACAUGGGCGGCAACUUCUACAAGAACGUUACUCGUGUGGCCAAGAGAAUCACUCUUAACACAGCCAAGGCCGUCUUCGGCUUCGACGACAGUUCCAACAUUGGCAAGGUUCACUUUGCCAGUAUCCAAGCCAGCUCCUCCUUCGGCAACUCAUUCCCCCACAUCUUUGGCGAUGACGAGGCGAAGACUUCUCAGAUUCCUUGCCUUAUUCCUUGCGCCAUUGACCAAGACCCCUACUUCCGUGUGACAAGAGAUUGUGCCGCCGGCCUGCGCUACGCCAAGCCCUCCCUCAUUCACUCUCGUUUCCUCGAUGCUCUUCAGGGGCCCGGCUCCAAAAUGUCGGCGUCGAUUGAUUCAAGUGCCAUCUUCUUGAACGACACACCCAAGCAGAUCCAGAACAAGAUGAACAAGUAUGCCUUCAGCGGUGGCAAGGUUACUGCCGAGGAGCAGCGCGCUGAGGGAGCCGAUCCGGAUGUCGACGUCAGCUACCAAUACCUGCGCUUCUUCCUCGACGAUGAUGAGGAGCUGGCCAAGAUCCGCGAGGACUACCGCACAGGGAAGAUGCUCACCGGCGAGAUCAAGAAGAGGUGCGCCGAGGAGCUGGCCAAGUACUGCACGGCCUUCCAGGAGAGGAGAGCCAAGGUGGACGAGGAGACUGUCAACCUCUUCUUCUCCCGGCGGCCGUUGUCCUGGGGCCUUGCCGAGAACCUCAAGUCCAUCCCUAUCCGCGAGGCCAACAGCGAUGGCCCCACUGAGGGUGCCGACGGCAAGAUGACGAAGAACCAGCUCAAGAAGCUAGAGAAGCAGCGCCAAAUUGACGAGAAGAAGGCCGCCAAGGCAAAGGAAAAGGAGGCUGCCAAGGCUUCCGCUUAG